AUGCUGUGGAGAGCGUGGCUCGUGCUGCUCUUCUGCUGGGGAGCCACAAGCAGCGAGCCGGACGGCGACGGGCCCAGCAAGGGCCUCCGAGACGCGGGGGUGCGCAGGCAGCGCUCCCCGCCGCCCGUGGAGCCGCUGAAUUUCGGUUUUGUCCCGUCCGCCGUGUAUGACACCCAUGCCUACUAUGAACCGGGGCCCAUCGGGAUUCUGUUUCAUGUGGUCCACGCAUUUCUCUAUGUUGUUCAACCGAACCCCUUCCCUAAAGAUCUGAUUGUCAAGGUCAUUCAGCAGAACAUGGGGGGCUUGAAAAUCAAAGAGUGGAGAAAGCCGGAAAACGUCAUCCUGUUGCUGCAGGGGCUGUAUUACGAGGCGGGCUUCAUUGUAUGUGGCACGGUCGGGAUUGUGUUCCUGGUUCUCGUCCCUAUCGUGGGCACGUGUUUCUGCGUGUGCCGCUGCUGUGACAACUGUGGCGGGGAGAUGCACCAGAGACAGAGGAAGAACAUUGACUGCCGACGAAGCUUCUUCGCUGCCUCGCUCUUCGCGACCUCCAUCUUCAUCACGGUGGGUGUGCUAUUUGCCUACGCUGCGAACCACAAUAUCAGCGCCCAGAUCAAGAGCACCCGGCGACUCAUCAGUACAAAUAUUAGAGACCUGAGGACAUUUGCUAACAACACACCUGUGCAAAUUGAAUACCUGACAGCCCAGUACACCACAGCAAAGAACAAAGUCCUGUCGGACCUGGACAACGUUGGACCUUUGCUGGGCGGUAGGAUCCACAGUCAGCUUGAGAAAGAGGUGGUUCCCUCCCUGGACACCGCCUUACGCAUGGCAGGAGCAAAAGUUGAGAGUGCCAUUAAAGCCAUGCGGGAGACCAAGGAAGCCCUGGAGAGCGUUGGCUCCUCGCUGGAGGUCCUUCAGGAGGGCACGAUGAAACUGCAGGUCAGUCUGUCUGGGGAGCGCGCCUCUCUGUCCAACACCCUGUCCGACCCCACCUGCACUAACGGCGCGGUCGCCCACACCUGCAACACCAUCCGUGCCACGCUGUCCCAGCUGAGAGUCAACGCCGACUUCACCAAGCUCCCAGACGUCACUCGGCCGUUGGCCACCGUUGACACCGUGCUGAAGACAGACCUGAGCAACAUUGUCCAGAAGGGUUACUCGUCUUUUAAUGAUACCCCGAGGCUCGUCAAGGAGCAAACUAAGAACGUUGUUUCAGCUCUUCCUCGAGUGAAAGGCAUGCUGGACAAGAUUGGGGGGGAGAUCAUUGGCUUCUUUAAGCAGUUUCCAAUAGAGCCCUCGAUGGCCAACUUCAGCAUCUUCCUAAACGAAAGACAGAAGAGCCUCGAGUCCUACUACCCACAGAUAGACCAGAUAGACUUCUACAGAUGGAUUGGCUGUGUGGGAGCCCUGUGCAUGGUCGUCCUCAUCUUGGCCUUCAACGUCCUGGGUCUGCUUUGUGGCAUCUGUGGCUACGACAAGCAGGCCAGCCCCACUACCCGUGGCUGCCUUUCAAACACUGGCGGCAACCUUCUUGUGGCUGGAGUGGGUUUCAGUUUUCUCUUCGCCUGGGUCCUGAUGGGGGCGGUAACCACUUUGUUCAUUGUCAGCGGCAACAUGGAGAAACUGCUGUGUGAACCGCUGGCUAACCGACAACUGUUUCAGAUCAUAGACACCCCAUACAUAGUUCAUCCAGCCAAGAAGAACAUUCUCGCAGAAAUGGUGUUUCAAAACCCCAAUUUGGACUUGACAGUGGGCAGCAUGUACCAGGAUUGCUAUGAGAACAAUGGCCUGUACCAUGCUCUGCAGCUAGAAAACAUGUUCUAUGUCAACUCCUUCCUCAACAGGACUGUGUACAACAAGGACCUGGCCAAGGUGUUUGAGAGUAUCCAGGUUAACCUCGAGGAUAUCACCCUGUUGGAGCAGGAAGGCCGAGACAGUCUUAUCAACUUUGCCAAUUCUGGAGUUGGAGAGAUCGACUACUCGGCUUACCUUGCUGAGGUGAAUAAGGGUGUCACUCAAGUGGAUCUUCUGGGGUUCUCCAACGACCUGGAGGCCCAGGCUGACCAGCUGCCGCGUGGAGCCCUGGAGAAUGCACUGAAAGGCCACGCCAGCAGCAUUAGACAGAUUCACAAGGAACAGGUGGUUCAGAUGGAGCAAGCAAUGAAAUAUGUCAGAGCACGGAGUUCACUGAGCCAAAGCAUCAGGCAGCUGCAGAGGACAGCCGAUGAUCUACCGGUCAAGGUCACCAACAUCCUGAGUGCCAUCGACGCAGCAGAGUAUCUCAUCACUAAUAACGCCUCACAUGUGGUUAAACAGGAAAAGAAUGGCUACACACAGACCUUGGUGAGCUACUUCCGACAAUACACAGAAUGGGUGAAAAACUCCCUGACUGCAGAGGUAGCCCAGUGUAAGCCCAUCAGCAACCUUGUGGACAGCAUUGAAAUUGUCGCCUGCAGUUUUGUUGUCGACUCAGUGAACACAUUCUGGUUUGGUCUGGGAGGAUGCUGUAUCCUGCUGGUCCCCAGUAUCAUUCUCUCUGUCAAGCUGGCCAAGUUCUACAGAAGGAUGGACACAGAGGAUGUAUUUGACGACUCCCCCUACUACAAUACCCUGACACGGUUUCCACGGGCCUCUGCUCCCCCAUGCUACCCAGACUGGUGA